AUGGAAACCCACCUCUCCCCCAGGGUGCUGCUUCCCUGGCAGCCUGCUCUCAUAUCCCCUACACCUGGCCAGGAGACAGGUAUCUGCCAGAGGCUGCUUCUGAGCCAACCUUCCUCGUGCUUUCAAAAAAUCCCUGGGCUCCAAAGUUCAGGCCAUCAGGCUGCACCACUGGCUACUCUGGGUCAUUCCUCCUCUCUCCUUCCUGGAAGACUUAAGCUUCUUAAUCCCACUCCUUCCAAUACUACUCCUGGGAGAUUCUGGGUGACUCCAGUAUCCGUGUACAUAGUCCUCACAGCACCUUGGCCUCAGGGUCCCUUAACUUCCCUUCCUUCACAGAGUCUCUGUCAGUACCCACUCCCGUGGGCACGCGCCCAGCACUGUCCAGUAGGACU